UUCUGGCCUUCAGAAUCUGACGAAAAAGCGUUACUUGUGCUCAGCCGGGCAACUUCCUAUUUUGUCCGUCCCUUCGUGGUCUCUGGGAGGCAGAGGCAGGCGCCUGCUAAACCAAACGCCCGUUCUGCAGCUGAGCAUUUUCUGCCCAUUCUUAUUGAGAAGGAAAUGUUCAGCAAUUUGAUUUGGAUGUUUAUUCUGCUCUGCAGCUCUGUAGCAGAUGAAAAAUCUAUCAGAGAUGCUGACAUUUUUCCUUCAUCUCCUGUAAUUGAAAGAGGAUCCUCCCUGGAACUAUCCUGUGUUCUUAGAAAGAACUACUUGCCUCAGAGAAAUGCAAGCCACAUCAUCUGGAAACUGAACGAUACAUUGAUUGCUCCAGAAAACUAUAACAUUGUGAAUGAGACUGUAUCUAAUAUAACCAUCCAUAAUUUCACUUAUAACAUAGCUUAUGUGAAUUGUUCCAUGAAGUACUUGGACAAGGAACUACCUUUGGCACACACAGAAGUUAAAUCUGGGUGUAAGUAG